AUGCUUGUGGGUUGGGUGCUGCUGUGUCAGCUACAUGCGAUGGUGUUUGCAUUUCCUCAUUGCACAGAGAGAUUAAAUAACCUGAAGCACGACUUGGAAGAAGUGUUCAUAUCAGAAAAGGAUGCCAAGUUAUUCAUUGGAAGACAUCUUCUGAAUAACAGAUUUGAUUUUGAAGCAUUCACACCAGAUAACUUGGAAAGGGAAUGCUUUGAAGAGCUGUGCAAUUAUGAAGAAGCAAGAGAAGUUUUUGAAGACUCUGCUAAAACGAUGGAGUUUUGGAAAGAUUAUUCAACUAAAGGCCCUAAAAUAAAAACAGAUGAUGAUACGCUACAAAGGAUUAAUGUUACAGGACUUCUCAUUGGUCUAGUUACUGCUGGAGUAAUGCUGGUCAUUAUUGGAUUGCUUAUUUUCUACUGCUGCAAAAGUAGAUGCAAAUCAAGGCAACCACCAGGGUACUUGGAGCAUGUCAGGAACAGAAGACAUUCAUCUAGCAUCUUCAGAAGACAUGAAGAGUUUUCUUUAAAUCCACUUCCUCACAGAACUGAUGAUUCAGGGCUACCAACUUAUGAGCAAGCCAUUUCUGCAGGUGGACAACCAGAUGUGCCACCACCCCCUUACCCAGGGCGCAUGAGAGGGGCAAAAGUGUUUAGAAAGUCUAUGUCACUUCCAACCCCAUAGUCACAAACCUCCUUCUGGAGUACUGCAGAAUUACUGAAGUACUGAACACUUUUUUAAAGUGCGCUACCUUGCAUAUUGCAAGACAGGUUACAA